ACAAAUUUAGCCAAGUUUUCAACGAAGGAAGUGGGGAAGAAGUAGAAGAGAAAUGAAACACUGAAAGACUUUGAGGAAAGCAUAACAAUGACAAUCAGCAGCAUGGGUUCAAUGUGAAGCAAAUAUUGGCUUUCCAGACGGAAGCCUUAAAGUGCUUUUUAGACUCAAGUGCAUGAAACUCACAUAGAGUAGAAGAGCGAAUGUAAUGUAAAGGCGUAGAUUUGUCGAUUUAUUGAGAAGCUGCGAUUUCCUUAGCUGGCCAGAAAUUUCAGUCAACAAGGGUUAGCUCCCUUCCAAUUUUACUUCGCGAUUCUUUGGUCCACUGCUUCUUAGGCCUAUGUGAGGUGAACAUUGAGAGUGAUCAAGAAGACAGCGUUUUAAUUUGUGUCAAGUGUGAUGUAUAUUGGAUAGCCUUUUGUGAUGGAGUCUCUUGGAUCCAAAGAGAAAACAUUUUCUCGUCUAUUGCAUCUCAGUCCUAUUGAUGUGAAGGAUGAACUGGAUGAGAAACUUGAAAGAUGUUACAGUGUGAUUUUGGGUCUCAUGACAAGUACUGACCGAGAAAACAGUGAGGCUCUGUAUGCUCAUGUUGCGAAAGGUAACCAACAGCAUGAUGAGGUUCAGAUGGGACUUCUGUACGCGAUCUUGGCUGAACCAAAAAUGCAAGUCAAGAGUUUUCGAGAGCUGAAUCUUGUUGCAAGGGAUGGUCUCACAUGCCUGCUCACAAAGAUCAACCAAAUUGUGUAUGAAAAAUGGCUCAAGUUGUUAGACUCAACAAAGGCUCAGAUGUUGUGGUUGUGUCGAGAACUUGUCAAAAUGAAUGCCCAAGGUGCUGACAGUGUGUGCUUAGGGAUCUUGAGACAGAUUGUGGGUGGAGAUAUAUCUCAAAAGAAUAUCUGGUUGGCAGAGAGUAUGCUUGAUUUGUUUCUGGAAAACAAACCAUUCCUUGCAAAAAAUGUCUCCUUGGUGCCGACAGUUGUAUACACAUAUCUCAGGAUCAUUGUUGAUCAUGGCAACCCCACUUUGGCAAGGCUGAGACAAAAAGAAGUUGAACUAUGUGCAAGCUUGUUGCACAGUGAUUGGCAAGAAUGCAUGAAGAUAGGGAGAGACCUGGUCAGACUUCUUCAGAAUGUUGCAAGAAUACCUGAGUUUGAAGCACUUUGGAAAGCCAUCCAUCUCAACCCCACAUCUUUGUCACCAAAUUUCACGGGUGUUUCCCAGCUGCUUCAGAGUCGAACAAAAACGAAAUUCCUCGUGGGAAGGCUCACGCCUGACAUGGAGAAUAAGCUCAUAUUCUUGAUAACCAAGGUCAGGUUUGGAAAUCAAAAAAGAUAUCAAGACUGGUUUCAGAGACAGUAUUUGUCCACCCCAGAAAGUCAGUCUCUCCGCUGUGAUCUGAUUCGCUAUAUCUGUGCAGCAUUCCAUCCAUCCAAUGAGCUCCUAUGUUCUGAUAUUAUCCCUCGAUGGGCUGUCAUCGGUUGGCUGCUGACUACUUGUACUUCCAAUGUAGCUGCCUCUGAUGCAAAGCUGGCACUGUUUUAUGACUGGCUUUUCUUUGACCCUGAGAAGGAGAUCAUGAAUAUUGAGCCUGCUGUCCUUGUGAUGUUCCACUCCAUGAGACCUCAUCCUGCCAUUACAGCAACUUUGUUAGAUUUCAUGUGCAGAAUAAUGAACAAUUUCAGUGUGACUCACUCUGCCCAGAUACGAAACAGCAUUUUUACAGCCUUACGCACCAUCCUGGAGAAAAGAGUGUUGCCUUCAUUGUCUCCAUUGUUUGACAACCCAAAGUUGGACAAAGAGCUCAGGAAUUUGUUACGAGAAAAUUUUUCAGAGUUUUGCAGUCAAGAAGUGAAAGAUGUGGCAUCGAUAAAGAGUGAGCUGGACAUGGACACUGGAAACAACCACAUAGGGGAGAACAAUCUGUCAGAUGCUUGCUUCAGUGAUGAUGAGGAGGACACUGUCCCAAUGGGCAAAAUGAAAGAGGAGGUUGGGUUCAGGCCCAUUAAGGAAUCUGCUGCAUAUGUGGCUGUUGAUAUCACAGAGCAUCUAAACCAGUUGAGUGGUCAGAUCCAUGAUCUCACAUCAGAACUGCAAGGAGAAAGUAAUCAAGAGAUGCAGUGUGACCUUACUGAUCAGCUGAUGCAGAGAGUCAUCCAAGAGGAGGAUUUUGACCAAGACACAACUUCUACUCUGGCGAUUUGCCUAUGCCAGAUACUUAGUCCACAGUUCAACAGUAGACUGUUCCCAGAGGAAGUGGAUGAGGAUGAUUUUUUAUUUUGCUCCUCCCCUAGGUCAAUAGAGGAUUCAAUAGGGUCACCACUGUUUGUAAUAUUCAGAUUUCUCAGCCAGAUGUCAGAAGAAGACCCCCGGCGCCAACCCUUGUUGCAGUUGUUAGCUGAGAUGUACAUGAAGCAACCACGUGUGGGCUAUAUGAUGUUGUAUUUCCUCAAAGUCAGCAAAGGGAGUGAUGAAAAAAUGGGUACCUACAAAGACUUCUGUCAAAAUGUUGAUGGGAAAGAUUUGAAGUCGUGUCUGACCAGUGAUCUCAAGCUGUGCCAGGUGGACGAUGUGAGAUUAUUCACGUUUCUGAUUCCAGACGUCUACACACAUUUUCCAAGCAUUGCAUCUGGGGACGCCACUAUCCUGAACUUGAUUGUCUCAAGUAUUGAUGGCACACAGCUGCAAGACCUGAUUUGUCAGAUUCUACAAGGCCACCUGAUGAUGUUCAAAAACAAAGAGACAUUUUUGUCAGUGUUGAAUGCCAGCUUAGAGUGGGAGACGAUUGAGCAGUACUUCCUGUGGCAGUUGGUCAUGGCUCACAACAUCCCUGUAGAACACAUCCUCCCCAUCUUGCCAAAGCUAGAAUUUACUGCCAAUGCAGAGGCCCUUACAAGCUUGAUGGUUCUCCUCAAACAAGUCAGUCCAAACUGGGACCUGUUGCGGCCAGUGCUGUCUCGGGAGUGCAAAAAGUCUGACUUCUUCACUGUCUCCAUUCUGAAGUACUGGGCACAAGAGCAUGAGGAUCGCUUAGCAGAACUCAUCAACUUUCAACUCACAAAGCUCAAUGGAACACCAAAGAAAAGACAGAGAACUGGUGGUGGCAUUAAGAAAGAUCAUCCAACAGUUGAUCAGAUCCUUGCUCACCUAGAUCACAUGCGACAAGUUUGUCGGAAUAUUUCAUUUUUGAAUCAUGAAAAUAUCCAGCAUGCUCUACAACAAGUGCAGAUUACCGAGGCACAGAAAGCAAAGUACAGUGACCUCCUGGCCCUGGCCGAGGACAUCGAUGACAUGAAGAUUGUGCGAGUGCUCCGUGGAAGGAAGGCCUCCAACGCCAGCGGGCUCAGCCCCAAGCACACAAAGAACAAAAAGUCUGCAGAGAGUGACAGCGGGGGCAGCGACUCUUCAGAUGAUGAAAUCAAACCUCAGACAAAGAAAAGGAAGAAGAUGGCGGCUGCAAAUGUGGAAGAAGACAGCGACUGAAUAAUGCAUACAUAUUUGAAUCAUUCGUAAAUAUCCAUUGAGUCAUUAUCACAUUUUACUUGUUACUUGUUUUAUAAGUCAAUAUAUUAUGACCAUUCAUCUAGGACUUAAUGGGCUUAUCGCCUCUGUGUUUUCAUCAAAGUCACAUUUACAUAUUGUAAAAAGUUUUCAUUCAGACACAACUGCAGCAGGUUUACUUCAUCAUGUACAUGUAUGUACCACUUUUCAUUUGCCACCCCGAGAUUUACAUGCUAUCAUUCAGACCAGAAUGUUUUUAAAAUUGUUCAUUGCACGGAGAUGAAAUGCAUAAAAAUGAAAUGUCAUGAAGCAAAA